CAGGGAUGGUCCUUCUUUCACUGAGCUCAGCUUUAAAGAGCUUCUGACUCGCCAGCCAUAACGGUAUUGGAGAGGCAACUGCAUGUGUGUGUUCCCCUUUAUGAGACGUGAAAGAACGACUGAGUCGUGUUCCUUUUAGAGGGGUCAUCUGUUGCAGUUUUCGUCUGGUUUGGAGAAUGAGCUCCGACUGCUGACUGUGGUCGACCUGCAGAGCUGCGUGGAGAUCCACCAGACGUGGACAGUCAGACAUGGGAAACGCCAAGAGCAGGACUGGGGACUUCCAGGAAAACGUCCUGGCUGAUGUCGACGCUCAGCUGAAAGAAAGUGACGAUGAUGUCCUGGUCGUGCUCGUGGACUACCCGUCCCCAGACAUAAGCGAGCCUAUCUUCAGGAUGGGGGAAAGACUCAAGGGCCUAGCAGAGGAAGGUCCCUGGUGGAAAGUCCGGUCCCUCAAAACAGGCAAUGACAACUACAUUCCAAACCUCUGCAUUGCAAAGAUUUACCAUGGAUGGCUGUUCGAGGGGGUGGUGAGGCAAAAGGCUGAAGAGCUCCUGCGCUUGCCGGGAAAUGUGGUCGGGUCCUUUAUGGUCAGAGAGAGCCCGAAACAGAGAGGGAUGUACUCCUUGUCUGUGCGGCACCGGGCCAUCAAGCACUAUAAAAUCUUCCGCAUGGACAACAGCUGGUACUACAUCUCUCCCCGCCUCACCUUCCAGUGUUUGGAGGACAUGGUGAACCAUUACUCGGACGCUGCGGAUGGCCUCUGUUGUGUUCUGACCGUUCCCUGUCAGGCCUACUCAUCCAGCACCCCCAGCUCCAUUACCCAGCCCCCACCUGUGGUGAUGCGCCGCAACUUUGAAUGGAAGAACGUGGACAAGUCACAACUUAUUAACCCCAACUGUCCAGACAACCAGCAAACCAGGAACAUGGUAAGCUUUGGAGUGAGGAACAGCAUAGCAUCUUACCUUUCCCUGGCUGAAACAGCAGGGAGCAAUAGCACCAGCAACCGCAAGAAGAAGAGUAAAUCUGUCUACGUGAUGUCAGACACCUGCAACACACUCAACGAGGAGGACUAUGAAUGACAAACUUUUUGGAGAGGAGUGUUUUGAUAGGGAAGAAGGAAGGAGCUUUUGGAUGGACUGGUUUUGUACCCAGGAGGAACCUUAAUGUUGGACUUGUCCAGUUGAACACACUUGACAUACGCUUGACAUACCAAAACCAAGACUUAAUAAGGUCUAUCCCACAAAUGUGAGUUUUUUUUGCACCAAAUACUAAUAAAUAAUAUUAUAUGGAGCAAAUUAAUAAUAUCAUAUAAUUGAUAAACAUGAUAUAAAAUUUUCAAUCGCAUUAUUCUCAAAAGUGAUUCUCAGUUGAUACUCUUGUUCUUAGAGAGAGCAGAGAAAGGAAGCACAGGGGAGAGACCAGUCAGAGAGACCAGUCAGAUUAGUCCCCUGAGAAGAUUGUCAGCGAGGACUGAAGGCUGAAUGUUUGCUUUGGCAUGUUGAUUACCAUCUUAAACAAACUCACUGUAUGCGCAAGUGUUUUUUGUGUGUGUGUGUGUGUGGGGGGGGGGGGGGGGGGGUCAGCUGUGUGUACUGGAGGUAUGUGUGAGUAUUUCGUGAGAUGACCUUGCCAUAUUUUCAGACACUGUCAGCUAUUUUGGCAACAUGAUGAACAUGCUCAUGAAUCCAUAGUUGGCCUUGUUAGCAUUGCAACAACAACAACUAUCUCAACUCCAGGGCCUUUUUUGGUAACAUCUCGCCGGCUUCUGGCAUUUCAACUGAAUUUGCACAACUGGGAGCGAUCUGCUGUUGUUUUCAGUUGGGGCGCUUGGCCUGACGAUUUCAAACUCUAAUGCUAGUGCAAAGCCAAGGGGGAAGAGCCCGGGGUUCUUUGCUCCACGCAAACAUCCGUGCAAACGGGGAGCUGGAGCCAGACCGCCAGCAGCCCCGGUCCCUUUGUUUAAUGCUGUUGUUAUGGCAUACUCUUCAGAGCUGCUAAAUCUUUAUGGCCACCAUCUGCACCACUGAUUAAAGGCAUUUGUUGGGGAUUAGGAGCUGCGUCCUGAUCCAGCUCGCUAAACUGCGCCAAAAUGGCUUCCGAGAUGCCUGCUGAUUGGAACUAACUGUCAGGCAGAUUUCUGUUCUUGAGAGUCUUACUCUCCAAACUGCUCUUAACAAACCUGUAACUUUUUCUUUCAAAGACAAUUUGACAGAAAUACAUUUUUUUUUGUCUCACUUUUGAGUGUAAAUUACUUGUUUUGGAAUUGUUUGAGUGCAUUGAUUGUAAAUGUUUUGGCGAUGUCGUCCUAAGCUUUGAUUUCUGUAUGUGUGUGGAGACACGAAGGUGGUCUGUUCAUGAUCUUUCCCUUCGGGGACACAGAAUAAGAACAAGUUUAAUCAAUCUGACUUCCUGUGAAUUGUUUAGCUGAGCAAGCUAAACAAUGAGGUGUGGUCUGGAAAACAGGAAAAUGCUACAUCUCAGUCUCCAAUAAAUAACAAAAUGGAAAUAAAGCAAACAAUUCAGCUGAGUUGCUGCGAGGCUACAUGACCCAAAUGCCUAACCUA